CGUCCAUUCCGCGUGAAGUCGGUUGCCGCCCGCGCGAAGGAACAACUGGCGACGCAUCCCCCAAACAGGAACAGGUGAUGAGGAAGCAGCAACGUGGAGGUGGAGACGGUGACUACGGAUCCAGUCGCGGCCUGGAGCGUCAGAAGCAGCUCUGCGAUGAAGGCAUGGCGCUGGUGAACGAAAGCGUCGGCAUUCAAAACUCGGGGGGAGACACGGACCUGGCUGAGCGCAAUUUGAACCGCGCUGUCGAGAUAUUUGAGACGGCUCUGGCAAUUCAAUACAGCACACAAGAAGAACAGGAAGCGGCCACUCGUCUGAACAACAAGAUGCUUCGCUAUGUCAAAAUGAUCAAGACUCAAAAAGCCAAGAACCCCGCGAUCGGCGGCAACAAGCGCACCGCGUCCAAGUAUAACAUUCUCGAACUCGACAAUCUCCCGCAGAUUUAUCAUUCCAUUGCGGGCAAACUGUUCAACUCGCAAGUUGGUGACGUGUUUGAAUCGCUCAAAACGACUUUUGGUUUCCAGGACAACAACGUGCUCAACCAAAAAGAGCAUGUCCUCUUGCUCUUGACAAACUACAAAGAGCAGCUGGACGUUCCAGACCCCAAGGCACCGGCGAACCAGCCCGUCCCCGCUCGCGACCAGCAAAGGGAGAUGCAGUUGGCAGACAAAGCUGUCACCAAGUUCCAUGCCAAAUUGUUUGACAAUUACAAAAAGUGGUGCAAGUAUAUUGGCCAAAAGCCCAAAUUUACUCGGGACAACUUGACUGAUAUCGUGCUCUUCUUCCUCAUUUGGGGGGAAGCUGGCAACUUUCGACAGACACCGGAAUUGCUUUGCUUUUUGUUUCACAAUCUCGCUCCGGCGUCGCAAUCGGGCGGUUCGAAGGAGUCAGGAGACUUUUUGGCAUCGGUGAUCCGCCCCAUGUACAACGAACUGAAAAAGGACAACGACAAGAAGACUUCCAAGGGCCAGCGCGCCCCGCACAAUGAAAUUCGCAACUACGACGACUUUAAUGAGUUCUUUUGGACGAAAAAGUGCCUCAAGUACAACGCGUACACGAUCGGGGAAGCGUUUGCAAGCGCCGACAAGAAGGGCAAUCCGAAGGUCGUGAAGAAGACGUUCAUCGAGAAGCGAACUUGGUUCCGUGCCCUAACGUCAUUCCGCCGUAUUUUCCUCUUCAACUUUGCACUGUUUUUGGCCACGGUUGGGUUUGCUAUCAACAUGAUCACGCUGUGCCCGGACAGUCCGAUCAUGUAUGGCCCUGACCUGGGCAAGAUUGAAGUGUUCGGGAAAAAGUACUACGACAGCGUCACCUACACCACGCCGUUGACGGACACCGAAACUACCGCCCUGACGGCAGUCGAAGUUGACAGCACUCAAAAACUUUGCAACCCCGCGAAGUUGGCGACUUGCUUGGGAGUUGGAACCUAUGUCCGAGGCGAGACGUUUGCGCACUAUCCCCGCGACUUCAAGGAAUUGAUGAGUCAAAUUCCUUUUCAGGACUGCAUUGAAAGGCAAAGCGGCCGUUGCACGUGCUACAUUGAUCUGAUCGAGAAGUGCUUUUCUCAAACUGGAAAUGCAACCGUAUACCCUGAUGGCGGUUUGAAGAGCAUUCCGGUCCAGUACGAUCAAAAGUUGUGCGAUCUGGUGUACAAGAAGACUGCCUUGGCCAUCUUGAACAACAACACAGACGGAAGACUCAACUGCGACAUGUGUCGUUUGGAGCCGCAGAGUUUGUUAAAGUCGUUGCCCAAACUGAUCGGUUCAUUUAUCGAUUUCAACCGAUUCACCAAGAAACGCGACUUUGGUCCGCUGUUUUUCUUGGGUGGGGUGGGGUGUUUGGUCCUGGUGUUUGCGUGCGAGCUCCUCGGUCGAAUGAUAUCGGGUGUCGGCGUCGGAUAUGUCGGUCGGUCGCUGCCAGUCCCAUUUGGCGCGUAUUGCCGGUACACGUGCUUUUGGCUCUUUUUGUUUGCUUGCAAACUCACGUUUGACUACCAAUUCAUGGUCAAGAACUUGGUGGAAACGACCGUGUUCAUUUGGUCGACGGACGCAAAGUUGCACCACCCGACGACCCAGUUCCUCAUCAGCUUCAGCUUCCACAACAUUUUGUACAUUGCUUUCUUGUGGAUUCCGGCCAUCACGGUGUUCCUGUACGACGCCCAGAUCUUUUACGCACUCUUGUCGGUCAUCUUUGGGUCGGUCCGCGGGUUCAACUUGCGCAUUGGCGAGCUCCGAUCGUUUCGCAUUCUUCGGUUGACGUUUAAGUCGAUCCCAAAAGUCUUCAACAAGAAGCUCGUGUCCAACUUGAUUGAACGUGGCGGCAAGAAGAAAGGCAAGAAGGACAAAUCGAAGAAGGGGUCCAAGGACGAUCCUGCUCCGGAACGUCGAUUCCAGCGCGUCUCGUACUCGGAAGGGAGCAAGCCAUUGACCGGCACGGCCAAAGGUUUCAGUUCACUGUUGGAAAACGACGGAUACAACGAGCUGCGAACCCCCGGUGGUGUCGAUGCGGACUCGAGUACUGGACGCAAUUCCAACAUCACGUCCAUCACCGGUGUUUCUGGGGCUGAAUUUGAGCGCACGAUUCCAUUCGCCAUGGCUUGGAACCGCUGUCUCGCUAGUAUGCGCGAAGCGGAUGUGUUGAGCGACCGCGAACUGAACGUACUAAGCUACUUGAUCGACUCGAAAGACGUGGCGGAGCGACGUCUGUACCCGCCAGCUUUUUUGACGGCUGGCAAGUUAGACGAGUCCAUCGACAUCAUUAUUGAAAGCUACACGUUGCACGACAAGCUCAAGUCGGACAAAAAGAAGGACAAGACUCUGCAAAAGGUUGAAGUGUCGAUGCGCGAACGAUUGACCAAGGACGAUCUGCGCGUGGAAGCCAUUUUGGGCUCGUACAAGUUUUCGUCACAAGUGAUUAAGUUAUUGCUUGGCGACGAACACAAAGAGUUGGAAGCGUGUUUCAGCUUCAUGGAGGAGAUGGCAACCAACAAGACGACGUUGAAAGGUCUCAACUUCAGCAACUUGUACCAGGCUCGUUCGUCGUGUGCGGAUUUGAUGAAGUCGAUUUUGGAAGUGCCCAAAGGCGCCCAGGAAGGCAGCAUCAAGUUUUUGCGCUCGUUGUACCACGUUAUCGACAACGUCGAAGCUGUCAUGGGGUGCCUGAAGAAGGUCCUCUCGAAGCAAGAACACUUGGUCAAAAUUUUGAACGACACGCCAUUGAAGCCCAACUCAUUCUUUUUCCCUGGCGACGCACAACACUAUGCGAGUUCGCAACUCCAGCGCAUCGUGAACGAUCAAACGGCGAUUGACAUUGUGUCUCGGGCGUACCAGCUCCUUACGGUGGACAACUUCGAUGCCGAGCCUCGAUCUGAGGAAGGGCAGCGCCGUCUACGCUUUUUCACCAACUCGCUGUUCAUGGAAAUGCCUGAAGCCAAACCUGUGAGUCAGAUGCACUCGUUUUCGAUUUCGACGCCGUAUUUCAACGAAAUCGUGUUGUACUCGGUGAAAGAGCUGACUGCUGAAAAUGACGACUCGAUCAAGCUGCUGUACUACUUGCAAACAAUCGAUCCGUUCGAGUGGGAGAACUUUUUGGAACGCAUCAACGUCAAGGAUAUGAACGAAGCCUUGAAAAAGUACCCGGAAGAAGUGCAGCUAUGGGCGUCCUACCGCGGCCAAACGCUAGCCCGUACAGUUCGGGGAAUGAUGUACAACGAAGAAGCCAUUCGGUUCUUGUACUGGUUGGAAAUCGGCGAAAACGAACCCAUGCAUUUGCACGGAUGCUCAUGCAAUCGGUGUAUCAAGUUGGACGAAAUGGUCGCGCUCAAGUUCAACUAUAUCUGCUCGUGCCAGAUCUAUGGCAAACACAAGGACGAACAGCGCCAACAAGCGCAAGACAUUGACUACCUGCUCAUGAAGCAUCCUGGUCUUCGUGUUGCAUACGUUGAUGGCCCCAAGAAGGUCAAGGAUGGGCCACCCAAGUACUUUUCCGUGCUCAUUCGCGGAAUCGGCGACAAGAUCGUCGAGGUAUACCGCGUCGAGUUACCGGGGGAUCCCAUCAUCGGUGAAGGGAAGCCCGAGAACCAGAAUCACGCGAUCAUUUUCACACGGGGGGAAAUGCUCCAGUGUAUUGAUAUGAACCAAGACGGGUACCUAGAAGAGUGUUUGAAGAUGCCCAACUUGCUCGCUACGGUGGACCGCAAGGAGCACUCGAAGAACCCGUUGACGAUUAUUGGUUUUCGGGAAUACGUGUUCACUGGUGCCGUGUCCAACUUGGCGAGUUUCAUGCAAAUCCAAGAACUGUCGUUUGUGUCGCUGGGUCAACGCAUGCUCGCCCUGUUCCACGUCCGACAACACUAUGGCCAUCCAGACGUGUUUGACAAGAUGUUUGCCAUGACAACGGGGGGAACUGCCAAGCCUUCGAAAGGCAUCAACUUGUCGGAAGAUAUUUUCGCCGGGUUCAACACGACGCUGCGCGGUGGUCGUGUGUCCCACGAAGAGUUCAUUCAAGUGGGCAAAGGUCGUGAUGUCGGCAUGCAACAAUUGGCGUUGUUUGAGGCCAAGUUGUCGUCUGGUGCCGGGGAGUGUGUCAUUUCUCGCGAUGCGUCCCGAAUGGGCAGCCGCCUCGACUUUUGGCGCCUCAACUCUUGGUUUUAUGGCAACCUGGGGUGGUACUUCACGCAAACGAUGACCGUGUUCGGCAUUUACGCGUUUAUCUACGGCAAGAUCUACUUUGCGUUGAGUGGCCUUGACUCAUUUUUCCUCAAAUCCGGUCGUCUUGGGAUCAGUGGAGUCCUCAACACGUCAUGGGCAUUGCAGUUUGGUUUCCUCCUCGUCGUGCCUGUCAUUGCCGUCGUGGGUGUCGAGCGCGGUUUCCGUCACGGGUUCUCGUACUUGGUGUGGAACGUGUUGACGCUUGGCCCGCUCUUCUUUACGUUCCAAAUGGGCAACCGCAUGAACUAUUUUGAUCGGACGUUGAUCCAUGGCGGCGCCAAGUACCGCGCAACCGGGCGUGGGUUUACCAUCAAGCACGAAAAGUUUGCCGAACUGUUUCGAUUUUACGCGUUCAGCCACUUUUACCGCGGCGUCGAGUUGGUGUUUUUGCUCAUCCUGUUUUCAGCAUACGGGACGUUUUCAUGGUGCAACUGCUCUUGGCGUGUCGACCAGCUCUUUUACAACAACAUUGAGCCACUGCAGUAUGAAUGGGACAAGCGAUGUUAUGCCAACUUUUACCAGAUCUGCGUGUUGCCAACGAACCAAAACUACGGCAUUAUGAGUUUCUCGCUGUGGAUUAUUGCUGGCACUUGGCUGUGGGCGCCGUUCUUCUUCAACCCGAGCGGCCUGGAUUGGGACAAGUGCAUUGACGACUAUAACGACUGGCAAAACUGGCUGCAGACCAAGAACGACUCGUCGGAGAGUUGGUUUGGGUGGUGGUCGAACGAACUCGAAUACUUGGAGCACUCUAGCGUGAGUGCGCGCGUCGUCCAGUUUUUGCGCAAGUGCCGUUUCUUGUUUGUUGCGGUUGGCAUUUAUCUGCAGCUCAUGUAUCGCUUGUUUUACAAGGACCAGAACAAGGUGAUCGUGUUCGACUUCCAAAGGAACUUCAUUGAGUCCCUCAAGCCAUUCAUCAUUGUCGGUGCAUUGGUGGUGGUCAUGCUGCUCUUGAUUUGCUGUGGGUACUGCGCGAGUCGGUUUUCGAAGCGCAGUCAAAUGAAGCAGAAGAAGUUGCGCAAGAUCAAGUUCAACGUGAGCUUCUUCAUCAUGGUGCUCGUGCUGUUCUCGCUGCUGUACUUGACCAUUUUGCAGCUCGUCGAGGUGUUUUUGAUUGUUGUGCUGGCCGUGUACUGGUUUGUCCAGUUUGCCAUCGUGCGCCUCAAGUCGAACCAUGUCGUGAUCCUUGCAAUGGCCAAGAGCUUUGACCGGGCCGUGGGCUGGAUCGUGUUUGGUCCAAUUUUGUUUAUCGCCAUGUUUAUGCCGUUCAUUUCGUCGUUCCAGCAACGCGUGAUGUUCAACAGCGCAUUUACGUCGGGACUGGAGGUGUCCAAGCUCUUUUCCCACGACGUCAUGCCGUCGCACACGGUCAAGACCAAACGCUCCAAGAAGAAGAAGCGCGACGAGUAAUUGCGAUUUUUGUAUACCAAAGAAUACAUUUAUAAAUUCGUCGCCAUUUUGGCCAUUGUUGCCACAGUGGUCAUUCGUUUCCAGUGACGAAAUUCGGGUUUCAUUCGAAUUAAAAAAAAAACAAAUUCGAUUUUUCC